ACGCUACUUCCGUUCUUCUCACUUCCGGCUCCGCUGCUCUGGGUGCUGGCUCCGGAGGCCGGGUUGAGAGGCCGCCGGUCCGAGUGUCCUCGGCGGUUGGUCAGUGUGAGACUGUGACAGCUGCAGUUGCUCCCCGCCCUCCGAGUAUCCGAGUGGUGUACCAUGGCUCAGGAAUCACCUAAAAAUUCAGCAGCAGAAAUUCCAGUGACUAGUAAUGGAGAGCUUGAUGAAUCUCAUGAACAUGGUUUUAAUAAGGAUUUGAAACGUUCGUUACCAGCUGGCCUUGGUCUCUCAGAAACCCAGAUUACAUCUCAUGGCUUUGACAGUACCAAAGAUGGAGCUGUUGAAGCAGGAACAUUUCAAGGUUCCCCAGCUCCACCAUUGCCAUCUGUUAUGUCUCCUAGCAGGGUUGCAGCUAGUCAACUGGCUCAACAAGGAAGUGAUUUAAGUGUUCCCGCAGGUGGACAGAGAGCACAGACAAAAAGUGGACCAGUUAUUCUAGCCGAUGAAAUUAAAAAUCCUGCAAUGGAGAAAUUAGAACUUGUUAGAAAGUGGAGUCUAAACACAUACAAGUGUACUCGGCAAAUCAUCUCUGAGAAGUUAGGCCGUGGCUCAAGAACUGUGGACCUUGAACUGGAAGCUCAGAUUGAUAUAUUAAGGGAUAACAAGAAAAAAUAUGAAAAUAUUCUGAAACUGGCCCAGACGUUGUCUACCCAGCUUUUCCAGAUGGUGCAUACUCAAAGACAACUUGGAGAUGCAUUUGCUGACUUGAGUUUGAAGUCACUAGAACUCCAUGAAGAAUUUGGCUACAAUGCAGAUACACAGAAGCUACUGGCUAAAAAUGGAGAGACUCUUCUUGGCGCUAUUAACUUUUUCAUUGCCAGUGUAAACACUUUGGUGAAUAAAACUAUUGAAGAUACUUUAAUGACUGUGAAACAGUAUGAAAGUGCCAGGAUUGAAUAUGAUGCGUACCGCACUGAUUUAGAAGAACUGAAUCUUGGACCACGUGAUGCAAACACCCUGCCAAAGAUUGAGCAGUCACAGCAAUUAUUCCAAGCCCAUAAGGAAAAAUACGAUAAAAUGCGCAGUGAUGUGUCUAUCAAAUUGAAAUUUCUAGAGGAAAAUAAGGUUAAAGUGUUACACAAUCAGUUGGUCCUUUUCCACAAUGCCAUUGCCGCAUACUUUGCUGGGAAUCAGAAGCAGCUUGAACAGACACUUAAACAGUUCCACAUCAAGUUAAAAACUCCUGGAGUAGAUGCCCCGUCUUGGCUUGAAGAACAGUAAUCCUACCUGGCGAAAGUCACACUUCUCUAUUUCUAAACAAACCUAAUCACAAUUAAGCAGAGUUGGGGUGGCAACUGUUGUAGUGAUUCUUGCACAAACAGCUUUAAUUUUCCCUUUUUCAUAUUUUAACAAUUGAACUGUUCAAUUGGAUAGGAAUUUGAGUGGUUUUAAUUUAAAGACAAUUUGUAUAAUCUGGACACAAUAAUUUUCCUUCUGGAGAAAUCCUUUUGUAUGGUGAGGGUCAAUGGGUAUUUCUGUACAUCUGAAAACAUCCAAUAUAGAUUUGCACUGAAAAGAUAAAAAUGUCAAGGUUUUUGGUCCUGGACAUGAGGGCCGGUGGUAGCUUUUCCAAAGGGAGGUUUACAUGAUUUGUAUCAACAUCAGAUAUUUUGUAUAUGAAUAUAUUAAACGUCUUUAAGAGAUUCCUUUUCAUGUAUU